AUGACUUUGGCUGAGGAGAGAUUGAGAAAUAAGGGGACUGGCUUACAAACUAAUAAUAAUGAACAGUCUGACUUGGCCGCUAUAGAAUUCAUUCAAAAGAAUGAGAGUACCACUUUUCUGCAGCCAACAUUCGCUCCCAAGAUGAUGCACUUGUCAAAGUUCUUGGAGCCUUUUGAUGAAACCUCCUUAACAGAUGAGGAUGGAGCCCAGAAGUACAGUGUAUACGUUGCUGGGUUUCUAAAGGAUCAACUCUCUGACCAGUUUGAUCGUCACAAGAGUAGUGCAUGGUUUCGUGACAAGUAUCAUCCCGACUACAUUGCAUCAAGAGAGAAGCAGAGAGCUAUACUGUUGGCUCGUUUCAAUGUCUUCAAGAAAAUGUUUGACGGGGGUCUUUGUAAGGGUAUCUCUUUGGAGUACAAAGAAAGAGCAUCCAUUACGAAGCUCCUUGAUCAAUUUGCAAUUUUGCUGUCUGGUGGUACCUCCGAAGAUCUAGCUGAAUUAGAUACUUUCGAUCCAACUUCUCUGGUGUCAAAAAGUAAUAGCGCGGACGCAAAAAAGCAGACAUCUCAACCAUCUAUAAAUUCUACAUUUCAGCCCUCCAAAAGGCGAUCAUCAACGCCUGGAUCUGGUGAGCAUUCACCGAAUAAAAAGUCUUCUAAGCGUAGUCGUGGUAAUCAGAAGAAGAAGAGAAGGGAAGGAGACGGUGACAACGAAGAAAAUGAUAGCGACUCCAGCACCUCAAGUUCCACCUCCUCUGCUUCCUCCUCUGCUGGCUCAUCGCAUUCUUCUUCCUCUUCAUCUUCUUCAUCAUCGGCAGCGUCCUCGUCACAUUCCGCACGCUCUCGAAGUCACAGCUCCUCUUCUGUUUCCUCCUCCACCUCCUCAUCGUCUGGCUCUUCCUUCUCAUCUUCGUCCUCGAAGUCAAUGUCACCUUCUAGGACAGAAGCUCUGGCAAAACAGGAGGAAACUGACGAAAAGAUGGAGUCCAAAGAAGAUGAGGGCAAUAAGGAUGUCAAAAUAGAGUUGGAUGGAGCUGUUGAGAAAAUGGAGGUCGUCGAAGGAACAGAAGAAAAGAAAGUUGAAGCAGAGGAGGCAGACUUAAAAGAUGUACCAGCUCGACCUUUGCCACUCCAUGUCACUCGUGUUGUCUAUCUGCCCUACCUUCCACUCAAUGUGCAUCGCGCUACAGUUGAAACGCUGCUGUCCGAACAUCCUGACUUCCUUCGCCUCGCUUGUUAUGAGCCCAUUCCAAUCCCUGUAGCCUCCAAUCAAUUCCUUAGUGAUGGCCCUGUCUCAUCACUCGGAUCCUCCUCCCUCAUCCUUCACCGUCCAGCCUGGAUUACCUUCACAGCCGUUCCCACUUCUCCUUCUUCCACUCCGCCCCUCGAAUUUAUUCGCCUUUUGGUUUCUCGUCUUCGUGCUGAUUCGUCUUCUUCAGUUCCCUCCGAGGCAAGCCAUCUUGCUGCUGCCUUGUCGGCCGCAAGCGUUCUCCCCGGCCCCUUCAACUUGGAUCGUGUCCGUGCAUCAACACGCCUUGCUACAACCCUCAUGGCUACUGCAAAAUCCACCACCUCUCAUUUUAACCCCAUUUCAAGCAAAUCCGUAAUGCGUCGCCAUCUUGUGAUGGCUGCUAGAUUGGUAGGACGUCUGGACGAGGUUUGGGCGCCAUGGCAACCCAUCGAAGGGCAGCCUGAUUGGUCUAUCCCAAGGCCGUCGGAGCUGGACCCGCGAUGGGGCAGCUUGAUUGGUGCUGCGAGCGCACUGGUUGAUUUGGCUGCAAGCACAGGAAAUCCGUUGUUGGAAAAUCUUACCGACUAUCUAGUGGAUGAAAGUAAUCCUGAAGAGGAGGUAAUGAUGUUGUCCGCAAGGGAGGGUAGGAAUUCCACCAAAGAAGAAGAAGAGGAAGGUGACAGUGAACUGGCGGCAGCAUUGGAUCAGCUCUUGCUCUAUCUCCGUCUCGUCUAUUCUGUGGACUUUUAUGCUCCGGCUCUGUACCCGAGAGAGAGUGAUAUGCCUCACCCUUGUGGUAUUUUGCAUGUUCGACCCUCGAAACUGCCUGCAACGAUGACGGCACCGACCUUGCUGAGAUUAAUGCCGUCGCCGCCAGCACCAGUCUUCGGUAAAGAGGCUUCGGGACGUUCUGCUCAUAAGAUCUUUGCUCGUCAGAUCAGUCGUAUCUUUCGGUUCAUCACCCCAUUAUCGGUGGGGACAAUCGCGAAGCUCCGAGAAAACGAGCAAAAGGAUGAUUACCUUUCUACUCCGUCUGCAACGAAUUUAGCUGAGAACUCUGAACAGCAGCAACCAUCAGAAACACGUGAAAUGGACACCAACGAGCGCCGACUGCGACUCCUCGGUUAUCGCGAUACAGCCGAGGUUGUGGAAGCCUUCAUCAAGGCCAAUACAAAACGAAAGAAGCGAAAAGUUGACGUUAUCUGGGUGUGUCCGUUGUCUGACAAGAAAUUCCGUGGUCCAGGAUUCGUCCGAAAACACAUUUUGAACAAGCACGCGGAGAAGGUGGAGGAAGCAAAGAAGGAGAACGCUUACUUCUUCAACAACUUCCUUUUGGAUCCACUGCGGCCGGAGUUGAUGCGUCCGCCUCGAAGACGUCUUCCGGUUCGCAAAAGGAGUAUGGGUUUCACUGCUGCUGGUCCCUCUUCUGUGUCGUCUGGCGCUGAAGAUGAUGUUGGAGGAGGAGACGUUCCACGAGGUCGUCAACAGACUUCAGGCGGCGGUCGUGAUGACCUACCACCACCAUCACAUUCUACGCGCUAUUGGCAUUCACGUAGCAAUGGAUUUGGUCGCUCCUACAAUCGUGGUAUUUCUAGUGGAGCUAAUCAACGUCGCUAUGGCCGACCAAAUCCGUGGACCGCGGAGCAACGGUGGGGUGGUGGUGGAGGCAGCUACCACAGGCAUGAGAGCAACCGGAGCAACGGUUAUCGGGAUUUGGAUGCAUUAUAUUGA